CUCUCGUUGCUGUGGAGGAAUGUGCGGAAACUUCUGCAGCACUGUUCUGUCUGCGCUGUUCGUCGAAGAGAAAAAGUGCCACAACUCGAAGAAAAGUGGAGGAAACUUCGCUAAAGUUCGGCGGUGAAGAGUCGGUGAGUGUCCCCGUGUGCGUGUGUCUGUGUGCGGGCCUGUAAGCGGACAGGGAGCCGCUGUUUAUCGGAGCUCCGGAGCUGAAAGUUGUAGUGAGUUGGUCUAAAAUGGAGGCGGUGAGGAGGAGACGAAGAAGGCGCUGUCCGGGGCUGAUCAGGACCAUGGCUAACACUCCGACACACACCAACACACCACAAACAGGCUUUUAUUAAACUCUAACUGCGAAAAACUAAAGGGAAAACGACAUGAAAUACUUUCUGUUAACUUUUUAAUACCCAGAACUAAAUGUCGCUUCCGCAAACUAAGUUUAGAAAAACUCUGUAAAUCUGAGGCACCGAUUUUAACCUCUAAAACUUACUAUUUUACUUUUCCAGAGUGAAUUGAGACUAUAUACACUCCGGGAGGGUUAAAGAACAGACAAACUCUCACUUUUUAAUCUUUAACCGACUUUUGAUCCGAUUAUCCCCGGUUUUUUAAAAUCAAAUUUACACCUUCGAAAUAAAGUCUGACGACGUUAAACAUUCACUUAUUAACAGCUUCUGACCGAGAAUCCAAGUUUUUCUCCCGGAUUUCCUGAAAAUGUCCGUUAAUGUCUGUUUUCAGCCGAACACUGAUCUCUGUUUUUCUCCGUAAACUGGUCUGUAUUAAACCUCAGUCCUCAGGGAAGUUAAAGUUUAAAGUCUAAUGUGUCGUUUUAAGUAUUAGUGGCGGUUUUAAAGUGAAAUUUGUAGUACUUAAGUGGGAUUUGUAGUUUUGCAGACAAAUCUGUGAACGGGGUUUCCCUGAGGGCUCGUGGCGCUGUCGACUGAACUGUGGUGCUGUUUCAAAAUGGCCGACAGACACAUUUCCCCAGAGUGACCUGAGGUUCAAAGUUUAACAAUAGACUCCAGAAUAAUGUAAAAAAAAUGACAUUAACUCUAGUUAUAUAACUCUGAACAAAGUGUCCGGACCCUGAAGAACUCAGAUGUGUUCAAAGAGGCAGUUUAUGGUGCUGAAUAAUCCCACACUGGACAGUCAGUGAGCCUCACUGUUAUUGUGUCAGUGUUACAGUCAGUGCGUUUACAUGCACGGUUUAAUCGGACUAAGCUCAUAAUUCGUUUUUUCACCGAAUCAGACUUCUCUCCUUGUCCGCGUAUUCAUGUAGCUUAAAGAAUUGUCCUCCGGCGCUGUUUCCGACCACGUACAACCGUCAACAACAACAGCAGGUCGGUGUCAGACGUCAGAAGUGUCUACAACUGCUGCUGGGCAUUUUGGAGAAACAAGAAGAUGGAGCAUCGUACAGCGUUGUUUUUGUCCGACAUGAUGGACGCGCUACUUUUUCUAAAGAUGAGACGAACGCUACUCCUCUUCUCUGGUGUUUUUGUUCCGGGGUUACGGGGGCGUGGCGCACAUGCAUUGUCAGAUCAUACUCCAGUCACAUUAUCUGGGAGUCUUAAUCAGAGUUCUCACACUCUGAUUAUAUUCAGACUAAGGUGUUAACGUGCACUUCAGUUGUCUGGUCUUAAUCGGAGUAAGGCGAUGAUUCGGUUUUCUUGAGUGUUAUGGAAACGGACUGAGUGACACUGCAUCCAAACUUAAAGAGGUCCGAGCUGCACUGAAGCAAAGCUGAUCAGGUGUUUAUCAGGUUCAGUCUGAACACGGCAGAAAUCAUUCAGGUUCCUGGGCCACAUAAACAGUUAAAACUGCGUUAGGCUGUUUUAAUAUUACAAUUUAAUACGACUAUUUAAUGUUUUUAAUGUUAUUUAAUUAAAACUGUUUUUAUAGCAACAACACAACAUGUAAGAAAACCGAGCUCUUUGUAUAAUAAGAACCUCAUUUAUAGUUUGACUCAUUUUUCAUCUGCCAACAUGGAGGAGGCGGGGUUUAUGGCCGAUACUGCAGCCAGCAGGGGGAGCUCUGAACAUUUUUGGCUUUACUUUCAGGAAUAUUCUGGAACAAACCAUCCUGUUGUGAAUAUUUAAUUAAUGGAUUUUUACGGGUCUUCAUGGACCUGAACCGAGUCGGAGCUUCAGGGUGUGAAACAGUUUAUUUCACCUCCACCUGUUGACCUUCAUAUCACCUUUAUACAUCUCACACCUUCGUGUCAUCGGCUCUGCAGCUUCCUGUCCCGUGGAGGUGAAGAUCUGAGCUCGUCAUGGCCGCUCAGACUGUGUUCUCCGUGGGGAUGUUUCCUGUGGGCGUGUCUCUGGUGGAAGACGCUCAGAACGAGAUGCCGAGCAACAUGCUGCCCGCCCCUCAGCUGGUGAUGCUCGCAAAUGUUGCAGCAGUGACUGCGGCCGAGGGCGGCGGCAGCGGUGACGGGAACGCAGGAGACGAGAAGGAGAUGAUGGAACUGACGACAGUGGGAUGCAGCUACUCCGACAGCGAGGACGAGAACAUCAUCAGGUGAGGGAUCAGUCUGCUGCACUCACCUGUGUGUGUGAUCAUAAUGUCUGUGUGUGAACUCACCUGUGUGUAAACUCACCUGUGUGUCUGCUCAGGUACAGCUUUGAUAACCAGAACCACAGGGAGGUCUGUAUCAUCGAGUACCCCGAGUCUCCAGGCCCGAGCAUCCAGGCUGUGGUCGUAGGAAACUCGGCACGGCAAGAGGAAGAGGAGGAGGAGGAGGAGGAGGAUGAUGAUAAAGAAAAAGACGAAGAUCUGCCACGGCGUACUCGCCCUUGCCCACCUGCCACCACAAAAACACCCGAGCAAGGCAUCAAGCGCAAAGUUACCCCCGCCCCUGCGACGGAAAGUACAAAGAAGAAGAAACCAUUCCACUGUAAGCCGUGUCACUUCCAGGCCCAGAACGAGCAAGAGUUUGUGGAGCACCUGGGUACGCACGGCGUCAGCAAGAUGAUCGUGGUGAACCGCGUGGAGGGGCGGAGUAAGACCAGGUCCAAGGAGGCAGAAACACCUGAUGCUCAGGGGCCAUCAAGCGGGGAGGCAGAGGGCAACGGGGAGGCGGGGACAACAGGUGACGUCAAAGGGCUGAUCAGGUGUGAACGCUGCGGCUACAACACCAACAGAUACGACCACUACAUCGCUCACCUGAAGCACCACAGCAAAGAGGGCGAGGACCACAGGUAACCCCGUCACCAUGACUACCAGUAUCUAUACAUCCUGUCUCACCCUCAUUUCAAAACUAACACGUUUCAACCGAACCUCUGCAGAGUGUUCAAGUGCACACUGUGUCCGUACACCACCGUCAGCCAGUACCACUGGAGGAAACACCUGAGGAACCAUUUCCCCAGCAAACUGCACACCUGCAGCCAGUGCUCCUACUUCUCCGACCGCAAGAGCAACUACAUCCAACACAUCAGGACGCACACAGGUAUGACUAACAGGAAGCUGACUCUAACAUGAACCUGUAAAGUCUUGAUCCAGGUGAGCGUGUGAUGCAGGUGUGCUGUUCUGUGUUGUGCAGGUGUGCGUCCCUUCCAGUGUCUGUACUGUGACUAUUCCAGCUCUCAGAAGACUCACCUAACCCGGCAUAUGAGGACUCACUCAGGUAAGCGGUUCAUACCUUUGAGUUUGUGUUACACAGGGAUGGGAAUUGAUAAGAUUUUAUCGAUAACAAUACCAUUAUCGAUUCUGCUUAUCGGUUCAGAACACAUGUUAGGGUGACCAUAUUCUGAAGCCCCCCAAAAAAGGACACCACUACGCGGGGCGGACUUGUGUGCAAAAUUUUGAGUUUUUUUUUUUUGGUUGGGUCGAGUGUUUUUCUCACGCUUUAACCUCAGUUAAUCACAUAUUAUUCCGGCGUGUGUCGCGACAGCGGCUCUUCUUAGAAGUGAGCGGAGGGGCAGAGCUGCAGAGAGAACUGAUGCUCUGCACUGUUUUAUAAUGAAUGGUUACGUGUUCCGGACAUUUGAAGGAUUAUAUAAACUCCCCCAGGACAAGAAUAUUCGGAGAACAUCGAAUACAUGUGACUCCUUAUAUUUGAUGGUGAUUCACUUGAAAAAAUGUUUAAGCAUGUUGCUGGUGUUUCCACCUUUGCAUGUUAUCACUGCUUGACAAAUCGUUUGAGAUCCUUCUUCAGAUCGUUUCUGCCUACUUUUCGUACCGUCCGCCAUGUUUUUUUCCCUCUAAGUCUCUGUUCUCUGGCACUCGUGAGAAUGUUUUUCAAGGUACCCGGAAAAAGAAUCGUUAAGAUGAAAUGUAAACGAUGUUGAUGGAUGGAACCAUUUGGAAGCGGUUCUCGAUUCCCAUCCCUAGUGUUAAAGGUGAUCUGGUGUGUGAUUGGACAGACUCUCUGUGGUACAUGGUUGUGGUUCCGUCUCUCACUGUAAACAUGUUUGUGUUUGUGUCGCUCUCUCUGAAGCCCUCACUGUUGGACUAACACGGUAAAACAAUUAGCAUCCCGGCUACAUGCCAAGUCUUUUUGUCCUCUGUUGUGUUAGUGUGUUAUGUUUGUGUUUGUGUGUUGUUGUGUUUGUGUUCCUGUCUGUCUCAUUCACAUAUUUGGAUUUCUAAGAUUAUCAGCCAAUCAAAAAUGAAUGCACUCUAAGUCAGAGAGGCUGUUUUUGAACAUUGUGCAAAGGUCCUGAGACAGACUCACCUGCUGCAUGAAACCCUCACCUGUCUCACCGGUGUACGGUCGCUUCAUCCUCUGCUGCAUUGUCACAUCUCCUUUCUUUCUGUGUGCAGGUGAGCGUCCCUUCAAGUGUGAGAGCUGUAACUACCUGGCAGCCAAUCAACACGAAGUGACCCGGCACGCCCGCCAGGUCCACAACGGCCCCAAACCGCUGUCCUGUCCGUACUGCGAGUACAAGACUGCAGACCGCAGCAACUUCAAGAAGCACGUGGAGCUCCACCUGAAUCCUCGCCAGUUCCUCUGUCCGCUCUGCAAGUACGCUGCGUCCAAAAAGUGUAACCUGCAGUACCAUAUCAAGUCCAGACACUCGGGCUGCGACGUGUCAGUCGACAUCUCAAAGGUCAAACUACGAGUCAAGAGACCAGGUCCCGACAGUCCAGAGGAAACCCCCAAAUCAAACAAGGUAGACACUUCUUCAAGCGUGGAGGAGGACUUUGAUGUGGACGAGGACGAUGAGGAUGAGGGAGCAGACUCCAGCCCCAUCAAUCUGUCCAUCAAGAAGAGCAGUCAGCUCAACAACAACCAAUCAGUGCAGAGCGGAGCUCCUGAGAAGGCAGCGAAGAAGGCGAACGUCACCGCUGACAGAGAAAAACUACAGAAGGUCAAAGAGAAAGUGGAACCAGAGAGAAAGGUCACAACACGGCAGAAGAAGACCGAGAACCCUCCAGAGAAUUGCUCUGUGAAGCAAACCCAGACGGAGCCAUUAGUGCCUGCUGACAUCAAGGCAAAGAGACGGGUCAAGAAGGUUCCCUCAGAGAAGACAGCAGCCACGGACCAAGAAGAAGUGACCAAACCAGGAAAAGAGCAAACAAAGACGGUGAACCUUGACCGACAGAAACCAGAGGAGGACAGACCAGUGAGGAAGACCUCCAACAAAGAGGAGGAGAAGACUGAGAAGGAGCAAGAAAACCAGAAACGGGAGAGCAAAAGUCUCAACACCAAGCCCAGGAAGUCCACGUCAAAGAAGACCCACAAAACCCCAGAGCAGGUCAGGGAAGAUCUGCAGAAACCAGACGGUCCUGAGAAAGUCCAGAAAGAGAAACCGGUCAAGGAGAAGCCUCCAAAGAGGAAAGCCGUGGAAGCUCUUGAUCUGUCCAAGAAGUCCUCCACUGAGACCCCACCUAAGUCCAAACGUCUUAAAACCACAGCUGCAGAGAGGUCGCAGGUCAAACCAGCAUCAGAGGAAACGAUGAAGACCAGAGAUGAUACCCCUUCAUCCCACAAGUCCAGAGAGACCAGCCUCACAAAGCAGAAGAAGACCAGGUCCAACAAGAGAGCUGCAGGUCUUCAGCAGGCUGUUGGACCCGCUAAAGGCAAGGAGACACCUGUCCACAGGUGCUCCACAGGUGCUCCACAAGAGUCCACUAAGGUGGACCACCAAACGGAAACCGCAACAUCAGAGCGUGUACCAGCAGGAACCAAGACCCCUGAACCCCACUCCAGUGGAACUCCGAGUCUGGAGCCUCAUCCUGCAGAAACAAAGACCUUGAAACCUUACCCCACAGAAACCAAGACCCCUAAGACUUGCCCCACAAAAACCAAGACUCCUGAACCCCACCCUGCUGGCACCAAGGUCCCUGGACCCUGUUCCACAGAAAUCAAGCCCUCUGAAUCCUACCUUGCAGUAACCCAGACCUCAAAACCCCACCCCACUGUAACCAAGAGCCCCAAACCCAUCCCUGCAGAAACCAAGACCUGUGACCCCAGAGGAACCAGCUCUGUACAAGAGGACAAACCCCUUCCAUCAGGUCCAGAGGAGAUGCGGGACAAACCCUCAGAGGAGGUCCAGGUUUCCGCUGCCUGCAGCUCAGGUGAAGACACACCUUCUCCGGCUCAGGACCGACCCGCUCCAGUCUUCCUCAAACCCACAUCACCACCCCCUCUGGUGCUUCCAGCCCAGCGCAGCAGACUUGCAGAUCCAGAGGAUGACGAAGGCAUCCACAGCAGCCAUGAAGGAGGAAGUGACAUCAGCGACAGUGCCUCUGAGGGCAGCGAUGACUCAGGCCUAAACAGUACCGGCGCCGGCUCGGGUAAGAUGGCCAAUGACCCCGAAACACCCACCGACGAGAUCCCGACCCCCACAGAGCUGAAGAGUCACCUGUGCAUCUUCUGUGACCGCACAUUCCCUCUGGAGGUAGAAUACCGCCGCCACCUGAACCGCCAUCUGGUCAACGUGUACUACAUGGACAACACCACCAAGGCGCAGAAAUAAGGACCUGUAUCCAAGUCCAGUUAUACAAAGUCCUCCUGGGUCCUCCCAAAACCUCCUGGUCCACAAAAGUUUUCUCAUGAUCUUCUCACCUGUUGAGUCGUACCUGUAUAUUCUGUUUGGACUCUCGUAGACCUGAUCCUAAUCCUGUUUAGUGAUGCGGUCUGACUCUUGAGCACUCCUGUAGGAUGUUAGAGACGCCUGUGCUGACUGUUUUUGUAAAUACGACUGUAGAUCCGGUCAGAGUAGAAUCAGAACCGUCUCUCUGUAGGUCAGGAUCUUCUGAAGAUUCCUCAUCAGUGUUUUUAAAGUGCCUUUGACAAUCAGCUGUGUCCACAGCCCCAGUGUGUCCUGUAAUCAUGACGGUUUGAGUCCAAAGAGCUGUUUAGUGUCUGUACAGUCUGAGUGUCUCACCUUUUAACAAACUGACUUAUUUCAUUAGAUCCUCAUCACUCUGUGUCUGUCUUCAUGAAAUCAGAACCACAGCGGUCCUGUUUAAAGAAUCAUUAAAGGGAUAUUCCGGCGUAAAAUUAAUGUAGGGUCAAACCCACUGUAACACCGAGUUAGACCCCCCCUCCAGAGAUGAAUGUUGUCGACCGCUUGCUUCUCUAGUUAUACCAACUUUAGUAACGACCGCAGAAUAGAAAUACAGAGAGCCACGCCCCCAACCAAAACGCCACUCUAUAGCCACAAAUAAUGCUCAGAACAGCAACUAACUUCAUCAACAGGACAUAUAGGGUCACAGACAUAGUACUAGACACCAAACAUCUUUUUAACUCUGACUCAUUUCUUUAGCAAAGAGACUAAACACAACUCACCUACUCUCUUCCAGCAGACGCUUGUUUGUGGCGGAGCCCUGACCAGUUGAUCAUCGAGUGCAGCGUGGUUUCGCAGCUCAAGGAAGAACAUUUAUGAUCAUUUUUUUAUCAUUUACUUGAAGUAAUAAUCACCAUAUUAAUCAUUUUACAGACGCGGUAGUUCUUCUGUAAUAGCGUCUCGGUCUGAUUGUAUUUCCAUGAAGAAACGAUCAUAAAUGUUCUUCCUUGAGCUGCGGCACCCCGCUGUAGUCUGUAAUGGACUGACCUGAGGUCUCACUACAAACAAGCGUCUGCUGGAAGAGAGUAGGUGAGUUGUGUUUAGUCUCUUUGUUAAAGAAAUGAGUCAAAGUUACAAAGAUGUUUGGUGUCUAGUACUAUGUCUGUGACCCUAUAUGUCCUGUUGAUGAAGUUAGGUGCUGUUCUGAGCAUUAUUUGUGGCUAUAGAGUGGCGUUUUGGUUGAGGGCGUGGCUCUCUGUAUUUCUAUCCUGCAGUCGUUACUAAAGUUGGUAUAACUAGAGAAGCAAGCGGUCAACAACAUUCAUCUCUGGAGGGGGGGUCUGACUCGGUGUUACGGUGGGUUUGACUCUAAAUUAGUUUUAUGUCGGAAUAUCCCUUUAAAUGUGUUUCCAUUAAAUCUUUUGUGCAAUAAUCUGUUGGAGGAGAAACCAAAGUGAGCGAGCUGCUGAAGCUCUGCAGAUGUAGAGACGUCUGUCUCUGUGUGUCUGAGUUAGAUUAGAGAUUUUAAUCAGAGACAGACUCUACUGUGUUUAUGUACUCCUGUAAGUAACUCUGUGUACUCUCUGUACUCUAGUACUGUGUCCUUGUCAUGUAUUCAUGUGUAUCUUUGAAUUACUGCAGUGCCAUUAACUCGUCCAUGUUUGUGGGAUAAACUGAUGAUUCUUUAUUUCUGUCCAAUCUGACUGUCCUCUCUUUAAUCAAACUUCCUUUUUUAACCUGCUCCUCCAGAUGUUCACUUUUCUGAUAUUUAGAAAUAAACUUCUGAUCCUGAGAGGACAGCUGAGGUUUCUUCAUCCUCAGACACAGAGGACAUUAUCAGCAUGUUGUGGAAAUAUCAGACUUGAUGUUCUAACCUCAGUGAACUGUCCUUCAAAGUGGAUCCAGUAGAGAUCUGUCUGUCAGCAGGAUCAGCGUCACUAACAGAGUUACCUUUCACCUGUACUUCACUUUAUUUUGCUCUUUUUUAAAUAAAAACUCUGAAAUGAUCCGUCCGUGUGUGACUUUUAUUUUGAAACAGGCGCCACCUCAGUUAGACAAGAGUUCACAAGAGUGGAGAGGAGGAUCCAAAGUCCAGGAUCUCCUAAAAAAAGGUUCCAGGUCAAAAAAAGUGACCUUACUCUGUCUGCAGGAACGAAACCGUGACCGAGAGAGAUUCCUCAGCCGUCACCGUGGAAUUAAGCUCCUCCCACUAAUGUCUCAGCACAUCACUACUCCUUCUUCCUCUUCUUUUUCUUCUGCUUCUUCUCCGUUCCUCGUGCGGCCAGCGUAGCGUCGAUCAGUCCUGCCGGUUUGACGGUUUUAUAGGCGGCAGAUUUUUUGAUUCGCUCUCCUUUCAGACUGAUGACGUGAGGGAGCAGCGGCGGCGUUCUUACACCGAAACCUGCCGCCUCUGGACCGUGGACCCUCAAGGACACCUGCUCACCUUCUGCUGCCGUCACUGCCACCCAACCUGUGCACGCACACACACACACACAGGGAAAACAGGUAACUCAAACGUUACAGGAGUCAGCUGACCUCGAUGACCUUUAUCCCUGUGGUUAAAAACAGUUAUCGAUUAUGGUCAGGUGUGUACCUGCAGACGACAGUGUGAUGUCAGCGCUCGCCUCCAUGUAGCCCCGCCCCUCCAGUUUGACCUCCUGAGGAACCAAUGCAGGAAAUGUCUUCAUUCGCUCCGACCCUCCCUGAGGCACCUGAACGCAGCAGAGACAUCAGUGUUUUUAUUCGAAUCUUCAAACAGCUGACUGAGGUCAUGUGACCACCUCCCGCCCCUUCCUCCUCCCCCCUCUUCCUCCUCACCCCCAGCAGGACUCCUCCCGCGUGCUUCUCAUAGAUUCCUUCCACCUUCUCCAGACUGGUGAUGUGGACCGGGACCCGAGCAGACACCAGCACUGAGAACCAGCAGGACCGCUCCCCCUGAGAGAGACCAGAACAUCAACAACCGACCAAUGACGAGAGCCGGCACAAAUACUUGAUUCUGAUUGGUCAAACCCCACGAAGGCAAAUAUUAAUGCUGGAAGUAAAAUCAGAAACAACCUGAACGUCACAGAGACGUGUUUGUGUUCACUGGUGUGUGUAUCUUUUGUGCCUCGUGUGUGAUUGUGUCCUAAAGUUGUUGUGGUUGUCAAUGUUGUCGUAGUUGUUGUGCUUGUUGUCCUUGUUGUUGUAGUUAUGCUUGUUGUUGUUUAUCUUGUGCUUGUUUUGUGCACUUGUUGUGGUUGUUGUUACAGUUGCUGUGGUUGUUGUCUUGUGUAGUUGUAGUUUUGGUUGUUGUCUCAUGUAGUUGUUGUUGUGGUUGUUGUAAUUGUUGUCUUGUGUUGCUGUGGUUGUUUUGUGUUGUUGUUGUCUUGUGUAGUUGUUGUGGUUGUUGUUUUGGUUGUUGUUUUGUUAUGGUUGUUGUCUUGUGUAGUUGUUGUUGUGGUUGUUGUGUUUUUUUUGCGUGUUGUUGUUUUGUUAUGGUUGUUGUUGUUGUCUUGUGUAGUUGUUGUUGUUUUGGUUGUUCGUAAUUUUGUCUUGUGUAAUUGUUGUUGUUAUAGUUUUUGUUGUCUUGUGUAGUUGUUGUGGUUUUUGUUGUCUUGUGUAGUUGUUGUGGUUUUUGUUGUCUCAUGUAGUUGUUGUAAUUGUUGUCUUGUGUUGUUGUUGAUAUUGUUGUCUUGUGUAGUUGUUGUGGUUGUUGUUUUGGUUGUUGUUAUUUUGUUAUGGUUGUUGUGGUUGUUUUGUGUUGUUGUUGUUGUCUUGUGUAGUUGUUGUGGUUGUUGUUUCGGUUGUUGUUUUGUUAUGGUUGUGGUUGUUGUCUUGUGUAGUUGUUGUUGUGGUUGUUGUGUUUUUUUUGCGUGUUGUUGUUGUUUUGUUAUGGUUGUUGUUGUUUUGGUUGUUCCUAAUUUUGUCUUGUGUAGUUGUUGUUUUGGUUGUUCAUAUUGUUGUCUUGUGUAAUUGUUGUUGUUAUAGUUUUUGUUGUCUUGUGUAGUUGUUGUAAUUGUUGUUUUGGUUGUUGUUAUUUUCUUAUGGUUGUUGUGGUUGUUUUGUGUUGUUGUUGUUGUUGUUGUUGUUACCUGCAGGAAGUCGAUCCGGGCCAGCGCUCCCACUAACAGACUCAUUCCAGGCUUUAACACAAACGUCCUCGGAACCAACGCCUUAGUCGGAACCACUGACAUCACUUCCUGUUCAGUCAACACCGACAAGACCUGAGAGAGAGAGAGAGAGAGAGAGAGAGAGAGGGGGGCGUUGUUGGUGUUGUUGUUUAUUUUUGUUUGUUUUUGUCGGUAAGUCUCUCGCUCUCUUACGUCUCUCUCCUUCAUGAUUCCCGGCGUGUCGAACAGCCAGUGAGCGUCUUUCAGCUCAUUAAAGGUGAACUCGUCAGGUGAGCUCCUUGUACCUAAGGGGUCAAAGGUCAGAGCGUUUACUCCAGUUUACUGUUCUUGUUCUGUGUUCAAACUUCAGUUCUUUAUUAAGAUGCUGAAACGGACAAACAACGUGAUGUGUGACGGACAUUGUAAACAAACGUGAGUGUUAGCUAGUUAGCUUGGAAAAGGGAAUGUCGUCUCAACAGAAAUAAAUCUCCAGGAUGUUGUGUGAAGUCCUGCUGUCAUCACUAUGGUUCCUGUUUGUUAUCUUCUGGGUCGAGACAAUAAGCGUUUGGCUGUUUCUGUCCAUGUUUUAUCAGGACAGAGCGUUUUACCACUGGGGAGAUGGGGUGUUCCUGGGCAGAUGAUCCUGGGCAGAUGAUAUACAUGUUGAGCAGAGUUGAUACACAGAUGCAGACAGAUGUGCAGACCUGAGACUGGAAAAGAUCAAGAGCUGGACUGAAAGGACUCCCAGUAGAGGACGACUGCAGUCAUGUGAUUGAAGAACAUGAACAUGAACAGCUGUUUCACCUUUGCACUGACUGCCUUGCACACUGUUGUGCUAAGUCCUUAUUAACAUAUGACAUAGUAGACCCACUUUUAAUAAUAGGCAGUAGACGGUUGCAGCAUUUCGAGGACACAACUAAGAGGUCAGAGGAAAUCCUCAAUAAUGACGUGUUUAAGAGCCACCACUGUAACAUUCACAUUUUCACUUUAAGAUACAAGGGAAGCUGACAGAAGCGGCAGAAGAGGCUUACUGAAAAAAUAAAAGAUGUAUUUGUCCUAAAGCUCCAUGUCAGAUCUUCCCUGACAGUGUUUUGAUCAUAUUGGCAUUCAGUGAGACUACAGCUGUUUCUGCCUGCAGCUGUUUUAUGUGUCAUAGAUAUCAGAUUGCACUAAAUCUGUUAUGACUCAGGCAUAUGAAUGUUUCUAACAUUCAGAACAUUCUCUUGGUGUAUGUUUGAUACAGCAACCUUCAGCAGUCAGCUAAUUUUGAAUAUUGGAAGUAGGUCAUCAUUUGAUCUCCGCUUUUAUAAUUGUCACACUAACCUGACACAGAAAUGUUGACCAUAUGCACAGCACUAAUUCAGCUGCGGGAUCUAUUUCAAUACUUCUAGGUAAAUUUUCUUUUAAUAGAUUUUAUGCGCAUCUUUCUUUCUUUUAUGGGCUGAUAGACUUUGUUGCUAUGUGACUAAAAAUUCACACUGAGGUUGUGCGAUAACUGACACGCCUCAGUGACAACCGCAAAAGCGCCAUCUACUGAUAAAGAUCAGGAAAUAAGACAAGUAGGUUUGGAAAUGGCCGUGGUGGUGGAAAAGAGAAAUGAGGUUUAUGUAAAAUGUAUAUGCAGUAAGUUGAACGGAAGUGAUGCUAUACUGUAAAAUAGAUUUUUUACAUCUAUAUCAAUUAAAGGAUUGGCAUUUAAAGAAAACCAAAAAAAAAAAAAAGAUGCUGAAACGACAUGUGGGAGGAAAACGGCUCUGUGGUCGGAUGGAUCACAAUUUCACUUUCUUGUUAGAAAUCAUGAAAAACGUUUUUUUUAUUCUGGUGCUGAACAACAUCUCCAGGUUUAGGAGCAUCAGGACUCUGUAGUUGGAGUCGCCGCAUGGGCUCAAUAUCACUCAACUGUCCUGAGGUCUGAGGAGUCAAAUCUAACACUCUUUUGGAAAGGACAACUGGACUUAUUUGAGACGUUUCGCCUCAAAUAAGUCCAGUUGUCCUUUCAACGAAGAACUAUAAAUCAUAGAUGCUGCAUCCUCAGUUUCAAACAAGAUCUCCAGGUUUAGGAGCGACAUCUGCGUCCAUCCAGACAAAGACUUUUUCAGAGAAGACCUUCAGAUGAUCCCACCACCAUUAAUCAGGUUGGAGAUCACGAGGCAGUUUCAGCCACAUUCAGAAUCCCAUUGAAGAAAAGCUCAAAUUAAGAACCAAUCAGACGUCUCCGCUCACCUGUCUCCUUCAUCUCUCCGUCUUCAUCCUCUCCAUGAGCCAAACUGUCAGGAUCAAACUGGAUCUCAUCCUCUCUGGGCCGGACAUCAGACCGGAACGUUCUGCCAACCCGACCUGAACAGGCGAACAGAGACAGGUGAGGAUCAUGUCUCUCUCUCUCUCUCUCCUCCCCCCUCUCUCUCCUCCCUCCCGUCUUACCCACGAGGUAUCCCUGCUUGCUGAAGUGUUUGAGCCUCUUCAGCUCGUCCUCCGUCAGCUCGCUCUCUGUCUGCUGCGACGCCUCGUUCAGGCGCUCCUGCCGUUUGAACAUCCUGUAUGGCGUUGGGUUGAUGAUGGGGAACUUCAGGAGGUUCAGAGUGGUCCCUGAACACACCACAGCGGGGGGGGGACAGUCACAUGAUCAAACAUUAGUCGAUUAUUUGUUACUUACUGGUUUCACUUUAUGUGCAUUAAAUCUUAUAUGUCAUGUUAGCAGUAGGUUAAGGCUUUUAUUUUGAAGGCGGGUUAUCGAUCUGAAGCUUUCAAAUUAAAACCUGUCAUCAACAUUUAAAUGAUUAAAACCUCGCCGAACUCAGAGGGCGACCCCGUAGACUCAGUGAUAUUUCCCAUCAUGCACUGGGAGCCCUGUGUUUGUGACAGUAAACAGACAGACAUUAAAUCAACAGUUCUGUGAACAGGGUUUGGUGCUGACCGGGCCAUGGUGAGAUGGUGGCCUUGUGGAUCAGGUCUGAAGCUUUGGACUUGCAGUAGUCAGACUCCAGCAGCGUGUUGAAGAGCGUCGACUUGCCGGCGUUGGCCCCGCCCACCAGAUAGACGUCCCCUUUGUAUUUCCAGGAGCGCUGCAGGCUGGAGAUCAGGUGCUCCACGCCGUAGCCCGUCUUGGCGCUGAUCAGGUGAAUGUCGGUCACCUGAGGGCCGAAGCCGGCGUCCUCACAGUAGCGAGAAAGUUGCUGCCUGAUUCGCUUCAGGUAGUUUGGCGAGUCUCCGGGCAGCAGGUCCACCUUGUUGCCGAGGACGACGAUGUGUUUGUUCGUCCCAACGAGUUUGGGCAAGUCCGGGAUGAUAGAGUCAGGGACAUCCAGCAGGUCGACGAUGAGCAGGAUGAGAGCUCUGAGGGGGCGGAGCCUCUGCACCACCUCUCUGUACUGGUCUGCAGAGACCUCCAGGUUCAGCGCUUUGUAAUGAUGCGUCAGCAGGAAGCAGCGCUGACAGGUCGCCGCGCUCAGACGCUUCUCCUGCUGCAGCACCUUGAACUUCUCGCUGGGCAGGUACCCGGGUACGGCGGGGGCGGUGCAGUGCAGGAUGGCGCCGCAGCCUGAACAGCAGGUGUCACUGAACGGCUCGUCAACGUCCGGGGUCCCAAACACUUUGUGCUCACCUGGCCCCGCCCUCUUCUUCUUCUUCUUGGUCUUAAUAGCUGCAAUAACGCUCUCAUCCAGCGGGAAGUCCACAUCAUGGAACUGGAUCAGAGAGUCAGGCUCCGCCUCCUGUCGGGUCACGCCUCUUAACGCCUCCAGCUGUCGCUCCAGGGACCUCAGAUUUACCUGAGGAGGAGCAGAGGGAGGAGGAGCAGGAAGAGAGGAGGAGGGGAGGGAGGUCUCCUCCUGAUCUGAGCGAGGCAAGAAAAGAAGAAGAAGAAGAAGGAGAAGAAGAAAGAGAAGGAGAAGAAGAAGAAGAAGAAGAAGAAGAAGGAGAAGAAGAAGAAGGUGUAAAUAUGAUCAGAUGUUUGCACACAGGGUUAAUUUUGACCUGAUCUAAUUCUACUUAAACUCUCUCUCUCAUUUAUCGGUUGAUUUCCUUCAUUUUUCUGUUCUUUUCUUUAUUUUUGUUGUUGUGAUUUUGAACUUCUGUUUUAUUCGUCUGUUUAUUUGCAGGUUUUUGUUCGUUCUCAAAUCUCCUGUGGAGUUUUUUACAUUUAUAUAAUCGACUAAAAUUCAUGUUGAAAUCUUUUUAUAAUAAAUACAGCUAUUAAAACCAUCAGUGACACGACAAACUAUUAAUAAACUUAUUAGUAAUUUUUCAUGUCAGUAACUGUGAGAGAGUCGGCGUCAGCUGAGGAGGAGGAACAGCUCCGACUUUACAAUCUGAUCAGGAUCUGAGUUAGUCCCAGUUUUUAGGAGAAAUCUUGAAUGUAAACUCUACCCCUCCAACCAGUUUUCCCCUCAGCUCCUCCUCUCCCCUCAAGCCCCGCCCACAAACAGACGCUCCUGCUCGCUCGGAUCGUUCCAAUUAAAUUCAGAUAUAAUGCAGAUAAAUACUUCAGAUCAUUACAAAUGGGGCCCAACCUGCCUCCUGUCUUUGUCCUCUACAGAAAACCUGAUCCAGCUGCAGGACUCACAUCUGGGACAUGUAAGACCACAUGGAUCCAUGACCCAGACGGAGCGGUAAC